AUCUUAAAAAAAAAAAAAAAAAAAAAUCACCCAUCAAACUCUCUCUCUCUCACGGUGUGUUUGUGUGUGUUUAGGCAUGGCUUCAGCUUAUGAUGCCAUUGCUAUUAUUACAAUCCUUAUUGUUUUACAGCCCAUGACUUAUAGAGGCGGAGCUCUAUCCCCAUCUCUCUCUCCUUUUGUUGAUGAAGUGUGCAAAAAGGUGGAGUGUGGGAAGGGGACUUGCAAGCCUUCGAGUAAUAGCACUUUCCUUUUUGAAUGUGUGUGUGAUCUUGGGUGGAAGCAGACUCGUCCUGACAAUGAUGAUCAACUCAGUUUUCUCCCUUGUGUUAUCCCCAAUUGUACUCUGAACUACUCUUGCAUAGAAGCGGCCCCACCUGUUCAAGAUAAAGAAAGCCGAGCUAAUGAGUCAUUCUUCGAUCCUUGUCACUGGACCGAUUGUGGAGGAGGCACAUGCAACCGGACAUCACCAUUCACACACUCAUGCCUGUGUAGUGAGGGUUAUGAUAAUCUACUCAACGUCACGGCUUUCCCAUGCUUCAGGGAAUGUGCGCUUGGAAUAGACUGUUCAAUCCUUGGGAUUAUAGUAACAAACAAGUCAACUUCUUCAGUUACCAGCUCGGCUGAUAGUUCGAAAAACCAAGCUAGAUCAGUAACUCUCCUUGAUAUCAAUUGGUUGAUUAUCGUCGCGAUGUCCUUGGCUUUAGUUUUGUGGAGAUAGAACAGACAUGAAGAAGCUAGACCAGAUGGUUUGUGUAAUUUUCAUUAUUACGUACAAUAAUUGAUGCACUGUUAUAGUUAGCUGUUUGGUUCUUAUGAAAAGUUCAGGUUGUAUAGAUCAGCUUUGACACAGAGUGUGAACUGAACAUAGCUAGUAAUGACAUAUGAUUGGAACUAUUUUACUUGACAUGCUGUAGACCAAUUUCACUGUUAUGUUGGGCUUUUUCUUUUUA